AUGAGUGACCAAUUCAACGUCGGGGUCAGGGUCGGGAUGGCCAUCAUAGUCCUAGCGUCUGCUGCGUCAGCAUUUGCCGUCGGCGGUGUGUUGCUUUACAUUGCGUAUAGCGCUGUCACUAUCCAUCGAAAUGCUUCGCGGAGGUGGACCACCGACACCCAUAUACACUACUAUUUCCUCAAUUUGAUGUUUUCGGACCUUAUCCAGGCUGUGGGUGGAUUGCUGAACAUCAAGUGGAUCAUAGAAGCGGCCGUGUAUUCCGGUCCUUUUUGCACUGUCCAAGGUUUCUUCAAGCAAGUGGGUGAUGUCGGAGUCGCUUUUAGGUACGCCAUUGCCUUGCACAUGCUCCAAGUAUUGGUGCUUGAAUGGAGAUCUCCACCAAAAUUUGCGCUCCUUGUGCUGGCAGUAAUUUGGCUAGUCAUCCUUAUUCUGGUGGUCGUGCCGAAUGUGGCUGAACAUAAUAUCUAUGGUCCCACCGGCCAUUGGUGCUGGAUUGAGGAAAGCACCAUGGAGCAAAUUGGCUUCGAUUAUAUAUGGAUGUGGCUAGCUGCCGCACUGAACAUCAUCGCAUACCUAUUCCUUGCACUUGUUAUCAAGCGAGUCGUUCUUGUGGAUGGCAACAGAUUCCGAUGCUGGUCAAAGCAAGAGAGGAGAACCGUCUCGUCUGGAGCAGAGACGUCUGCAGAGGGUGUCAAAGCAAUUCAGAUGAUUUUUUACCCCCUGGUGUACAUUAUAAUUGUGUUGCCUAUAUCAGCGGCUCGGUUUUCUGAAUUCAGGGGUCAGGAUGUUCCGUUUGCAGUGACGGCUUUCGCAGACACGUUGUUCGCAUCGUCCGGUCUGUUCAACACGAUCUUGUAUGCUCUUACUCGCCCAGGGUUGAUGCCACGUAGACCUUCGCACGAUCCGCAGUCAACACUCCUAGCACGUGUGACGAUGCAUGCGCGCGAUCGCUUUCCACAGGAUUAUAUGAUGGAGGACGGCAACUUUGUUUUUGGGAAUGGCCAGCCCAGGUCCCAUGACACGCAUUUUCUACAGUCACCAAGGUCUGCACGAAUAUAG